GUGCAACAACCGAACACAGUGUAUAGUAGUUACGGGGUCAGAUGUGUUUCCUGAUCCUUGUCCUGGAACAUACAAAUACCUAGAAGUGCAGUAUGAGUGUGUUCCUUACAUGGAGCAAAAAGUUUUUGUUUGCCCGGGGACGUUGAAAGCAAUUGUGGACUCACCGUAUUUAUAUGAAGCUGAACAAAAAGCAGGUGCUUGGUGCAAAGAUCCUCUCCAGGCUGCAGAUAAAAUAUACUUCAUGCCGUGGACUCCGUAUCGCACCGAUACUUUGAUAGAAUAUGCUUCUUUAGAGGACUUCCAAAACGGACGCCAGCAGACGACGUAUAAACUCCCCAAUCGAGUGGAUGGUACCGGAUUUGUGGUGUACGACGGCGCCGUCUUUUUUAACAAGGAAAGAACUAGGAACAUAGUAAAAUUUGACUUGAGGACUAGAAUUAAGAGCGGAGAGGCCAUAAUCAAUUAUGCUAAUUACCACGACACCUCUCCGUACCGAUGGGGAGGAAAGACUGAUAUUGACUUGGCAGUUGAUGAAAAUGGCUUGUGGGUGAUUUACGCCACGGAGCAAAACAACGGGAUGAUAGUGAUUAGCCAGCUGAACCCCUACACCCUGCGCUUCGAGGCCACCUGGGAGACGACGUACGACAAGCGGGCGGCCUCCAACGCCUUCAUGAUCUGCGGGGUCCUGUACGUCGUGCGGUCGGUGUAUCAGGACAACGAGAGCGAGACCGGCAAGAACGCCAUCGAUUACAUCUACAACACCAGGUUAAGCCGAGGCGAGCACGUGGACGUUCCGUUCCCCAACCAGUACCAGUACAUCGCCGCGGUGGAUUACAACCCCAGAGACAACCAGCUGUACGUGUGGAACAACAACUUCAUUCUGCGCUAUUCUUUGGAGUUUGGCCCACCUGAUCCUGCCCAAGUGCCUACCACAGCAGUGACCAUAACUUCUUCAGCAGAGCUGUACAAAACCACGGUGUCCACCACUAGCACGACGUCCCAGAAAGGCCCCGUAAGCACGACGUUAGCUGGAGGAACAAAGGAAGGGAGCAGAGGACCCAAGCCGCCGCCGCCCAUUUCCACAACCAAAAUCCCUCCCGUGACAAGUUUUUUCCCCUUGCCGGAGAGAUUCUGUGAACCGACUGAGGCCAGGGAGAUUAGCUGGCCUCAGACGCAGAGAGGAAUGAUGGUUGAACGCCCUUGCCCCAAAGGAACGCGAGGAACUGCCUCGUAUCUCUGCCUGGUCCUAACGGGAACGUGGAACCCCAAAGGCCCUGAUCUUAGCAACUGCACCUCACACUGGGUAAAUCAGCUGGCUCAGAAGAUCCGAAGUGGGGAGAACGCUGCUAGUCUGGCCAACGAGCUGGCUAAGCACACCAAAGGCCCGGUCUUCGCUGGCGAUGUGAGUUCUUCGGUGAGGCUGAUGGAGCAGCUCGUGGACAUUCUGGAUGCUCAGCUGCAGGAGCUGCGGCCCAGUGAAAAAGACUCUGCUGGAAGGAGUUACAACAAGCUCCAAAAACGAGAGAAGACAUGCAGGGCUUACCUUAAGGCAAUUGUGGAUACGGUGGACAACCUGCUCAGGCCUGAAGCUCUGGAGUCCUGGAAGGACAUGAACUCUUCAGAACAAGCCCACGCAGCCACCAUGCUUCUUGAUACGUUGGAAGAAGGGGCUUUUGUCUUGGCUGAUAAUCUCUUAGAACCAACCAGGGUCUCGAUGCCCACAGAAAAUAUCGUUCUGGAUGUUGCAGUGCUCAUUACGGAGGGCCAGGUGCAGGACUUGAAAUUUCCUCAGGGCAGCAAAGGAGGCAACUCGAUUCAGCUCUCCGCAAGCACCGUGAAACAGAACAGCAGGAACGGAUUAGCCAAACUGGUUUUCAUCAUUUACAAAAGCUUGGGGCGUUUUCUCAGUACUGAAAAUGCCACCAUAAAGCUCGGCAGCGACUUCGCAGGGCGGAACAGCACGAUCGCCGUCAACUCCCACGUCAUCGCGGCCUCUAUCAACAAGGAGUCCAGCCGGGUGUACCUGACGGAUCCUGUGCAUUUCACGCUGGAGCACAUUGAUCCUGACAAUUAUUUCAAUGCAAAUUGUUCCUUCUGGAACUACUCAGAGAGGACGAUGAUGGGAUACUGGUCAACUCAAGGCUGCAAACUGGUGGACACAAAUAAAACUCACACAACGUGUGCUUGCAGUCACCUAACCAACUUCGCAAUUCUUAUGGCUCAUCGGGAAAUCGUGUACAAAGAUGGAGUGCACGAAUUGCUCCUCACUGUCAUCACCUGGGUGGGAAUUGUCAUCUCUCUUGUUUGCCUGGCCAUCUGCAUCUUCACAUUCUGUUUUUUCCGUGGCCUGCAAAGUGAUCGUAACACUAUUCACAAGAACCUUUGUAUCAACCUAUUCAUUGCUGAGUUCAUUUUCCUCAUAGGCAUCGAUAAGACAGAGUACAAGAUUGCAUGUCCCAUAUUCGCAGGUCUCUUACACUUUUUCUUCCUGGCAGCCUUUGCCUGGAUGUGUCUAGAAGGAGUGCAGCUUUAUCUAAUGUUAGUAGAAGUAUUUGAAAGUGAAUAUUCCAGGAAGAAGUACUAUUAUGUUGCUGGCUACCUCUUCCCUGCUACAGUAGUUGGUGUCUCAGCAGCUAUUGACUAUAAGAGCUAUGGAACAGAGAAAGCUUGCUGGCUCCAUGUAGAUAACUAUUUUAUCUGGAGUUUCAUUGGGCCUGUUACCUUUAUUAUUCUGCUGAAUCUUAUCUUCCUGGUGAUCACAUUGUGCAAAAUGGUGAAGCACUCAAACACUCUGAAACCAGACUCUAGCAGGUUGGAAAACAUUAAAUCCUGGGUCCUGGGUGCAUUUGCUCUCCUGUGUCUCCUUGGCCUAACAUGGUCAUUUGGCCUGCUGUUUAUCAAUGAGGGGACUGUCGUGAUGACGUAUCUCUUCACAGUAUUUAAUGCUUUCCAAGGAAUGUUUAUUUUCAUCUUUCAUUGUGCCCUUCAAAAGAAAGUACGUAAGGAAUAUGGCAAAUGCUUCCGACAUUCCUACUGCUGUGGUGGGCUGCCAACUGAGAGUCCCCACAGCUCGGUGAAGGCAUCAACGACAAGAACGAGUGCUCGCUAUUCCUCUGGCACUCAGAGUCGUAUAAGGAGGAUGUGGAAUGAUACUGUGAGAAAACAAUCUGAAUCGUCUUUUAUCUCAGGUGACAUCAACAGCACUUCAACACUUAAUCAAGGAAUGACUGGCAAUUACCUACUAACAAACCCUCUUCUUCGACCACACGGCACUAACAACCCCUAUAACACAUUGCUCGCUGAAACAGUUGUAUGUAAUGCCCCUUCAGCUCCUGUGUUUAACUCACCAGGACAUUCACUGAACAAUGCCAGGGAUACAAGUGCCAUGGAUACUCUACCGCUAAAUGGUAAUUUCAACAACAGCUACUCAUUGCGCAACGGCGACUACAACGACGGCGUGCAAGUGGUGGACUGUGGACUAAGCCUGAACGACACCGCUUUCGAGAAAAUGAUCAUUUCGGAACUAGUGCACAACAACCUGCGGGGCGGCAGCAAGAACCACAACCUGGAGCGGGCGCUGCCGGCCAAAGCUGUCAUCGGCGGGAGCAGUAGCGAAGAUGACGCCAUCGUGGCCGACGCCUCGUCUUUGAUGCACAGCGACACCCCGGGGCUGGAGCUCCACCACAAGGAGCUCGAGGCCCCGCUCAUUCCUCAGCGGACUCACUCCCUUCUGUACCAGCCCCAGAAGAAAGUGAAGACCGAGGGAACCGACAGCUACGUCUCACAGCUGACGGCCGAGGCGGACGACCACCUCCAGUCCCCCAACAGAGACUCUCUUUACACGAGCAUGCCCAACCUCAGAGACUCUCCGUACCCCGAGAGCAGCCCCGACGCUGAGGAAGAUCUCUCUCCCUCCAGGAGGAGCGAAAACGAGGACAUUUACUGCAAGAGCAUGCCAAACCUGGGAGCUGGCCACCAGCUUCAGAUGUACUAUCAAAUCAGCAGGGGGAACAGCGACGGCUAUAUCAUUCCCAUUAACAAGGAAGGAUGUAUUCCAGAAGGGGAUGUUCGAGAAGGACAAAUGCAACUCGUGACGAGCCUUUAAUAGCGUAGCAGAGAAAUAUUAAAGGCCACGAACAAGUGUUGAAAGGACUUAAUUGGCCCCGUGCCGGCUCCCUCGUACCUGCUUGAAGAGACGAUUCUGUUGACCCUGUGGUUCUCCAGGAACGGGGAUGACUGGACCUCGCAGUUCUGUGAAUUUUUAUAAAACAAAAACUUUGUAUAUACACAGAGUAUACUAAAAUGAAUUAUUUGUUACAAAGAAAAGAAAUACCAACAAGGUAUUUUAAGAUAUCUUCUGCUGCUGAAUUUAACAAAAUUGUG